AUGUCUCAACCACCGGGGUUCGUUGAUGCGGAUCGCCCAGAUUAUGUGUGUCGCCUGAAGAAAGCAAUCUACGGUCUUAAACAAGCAUCGAGGGCUUGGUACAUGGAGUUAAAGAAUUAUUUGCUUGUUAUGGGGUUUGUAAAUUCGGUGGUUGAUACAUCUCUUUUCAUUCUUCGUCGUGGCAGUUCUAUUGUGUACAUGCUAGUGUAUGUUGAUGACAUCCUAGUCACUGGAAAUGACAAACCUUUACUUCGUCAAACACUCGACAGCUUGGCCACAAGAUUUUCAGUUAAAGAUCAUGAAGACUUAUCCUACUUUUUGGGUAUUGAAGCAUGUCGUGAUGAAACGGGGUUACAUUUGACACAAAAGAAGUACAUUUCGGAUCUUCUGACUAAAACAAACAUGUUGUUGUCGAAACCUGUCAACAAACCGAUGGCAACUACACCGAAGUUAUCUCUUCACACGGGUACUAAGCUCUCUGAUCCCGCUGAGUUUCGUAGUGUUGUCGGUAGUCUUCAGUAUUUAGCUUUUACUCGUCCUGAUAUUUCCUACUCAGUCAAUCGGUUGUCCCAGUAUAUGCAUAAUCCUAUCGAUGAGCAUUGGAAAGCGGUAAAAAGGGUCUUGCGCUACUUAAAUGGUACUUCCUCCCAUGGUAUCACACUGCGACGUCAAACUUCAACCAAUUUACAUGCCUAUUCAGAUGCAGACUGGGGUGGUGACUCUGAUGAUCUUGUGUCUACAAACGCUUAUGUUGUCUAUUUGGGAUAUAAUCCCAUCUCUUGGUAUUCAAAGAAACAACGUGGUGUUUCAUGA